UUUUUUUAUUUUCUGUUUUUUAUUCUCCCACUCCCCACAAAGGGAUCCCUUUCUCAUUCCCUAUAAAUAGAUGCAUUUCCCUUCCAUAUUCUCCAUCUCUUGAAUCUUCCUGUGCUUCUCUUUCUGUGUCUUGUGGUGAUACUCCCACCCACCAAAAUCUUCAUUAAGAUAUGUAUUCUGAUUUUUAUGGUUUAUUGGGUUUUUUUGUUAGUUUGAAUCAAAUACCUUAGUUUCUAUAGUUUGUGUUUUUGGGUUUUGAAUUGCUUGAGUUUUGGAUUUGAAUUUGGGUUCUGCAACUUACAAUCUCUCUGCUCUUGCUCUGUUUUCCUCUGUUUCCCCUUGUUUUCCUCUGCCCAUGGCCCCACCUAACGAAGUAUCAGCUUCAGUCCUUGAUCAGGCCAAUACCAAUAACAUAAACCGGUUCUUUGAAUUGUCGGGUGGGAAUCUCAGUGUCAAUGGUGUCACAUUGCUCUCAGAUGUUCCCGAUAACGUCUCAUUCAGUGGUUUUUCCUCCAUUUGCCAAACUUCAGAUGCACCACUUCCCCUGUUUCAUCAGGUACAAUCCCAAUCAUUCAAGGGUGGGUUCCUCGGCUUCAGUAAACAAGAGCCGUCCGAUCAUUUAAUGAACUCAUUGGGCAAGUUCAUCGACCGGAACUUCGUUAGUGUUUUCAGGUUUAAAACAUGGUGGUCCACCAUGUGGGUAGGAAGUAACGGCUCAGAUUUGCAGAAGGAGACCCAAUGGGCACUCCUCAAUGUCCCUGAAUUAAGGUCAUAUGUCCUAAUCCUACCGUCGAUUGAAGGGUCAUUCCGGUCUGCCCUCCAACCAGGCCCUGAUGGGCAUGUCAUGAUCUAUGCUGAAAGUGGCUCUACCAAAGUAAAAUCCUCAUCUUUUGAUGCAAUCGUGUAUGUACACAUCUCCGAAAAUCCUUACAAUCUAAUGAAGGAAGCUUACAGUGCAUUAAGAGUCCAUCUCAAUACAUUUCGACUCUUGGAAGAGAAAUCAGUCCCAUCUCUCAUUGACAAGUUCGGCUGGUGUACCUGGGAUGCAUUUUACCUUGCUGUAGAUCCUGUCGGUGUCUGGCAUGGAGUGAAAGACUUCAUCAAUGGAGGAAUCGCACCACGAUUUCUCAUAAUCGACGAUGGAUGGCAGAGUAUCAAUCUCGAUGGUGAUAACCCAAAUGAGGAUGCGAAGAAUCUCAUCUUGGGAGGGCAGCAGAUGACUGCUCGGCUCUAUCGAUUCCAGGAAUGCGAUAAGUUCGGGCGGUACAAGGCAGGAACUAUGUUGGGUCCCAACGCCCCAUCAUUUGAUUCGAAUCGACGGAAGCUAUUGAUGUCCUUGAUCUCUAAGGCGAUUGAGAUCGAGAAUGCAGAGAAGGGUCGUGACAGAACGAUUAAGGCAGGGGUCACUGAAUUGUCUGGCUUUGAUUCGAAGAUUGAGAAUUUGAAAGUUCAGUUCAAUGAAAUGUUUGGUAAUUGGCAAGGUAGUAGCAGUGUUUUGAGUGGAGGGAAUCAGAGCUGUUCGAGCUGUUGUUGUAAAACCUCAGAGGAUGUGGGAUUGAAAGCUUUUACUGAGGAUUUGAGAAAAGAGUUUAAGGGAUUGGAUGAUAUCUAUGUGUGGCAUGCUCUCUGUGGUGCUUGGGGUGGUGUUAGGCCGGGCGCGACUCAUCUCAACUCAAAGGCGAUCCCUGUCACUCUCUCCCCCAGCUUGGAUGGGACAAUGUCUGAUCUUGCGGUGGUGAAGAUCGUUGAAGGCGGCGUUGGUCUGGUUCAUCCGGAUCAGGCAGCAGAUUUCUAUGAUUCGAUGCAUUCGUAUCUUGCAAAAGUUGGAAUCACAGGAGUGAAAGUCGAUGUCAUACAUACGCUCGAAUACGUCUCAGAGGAAUACGGCGGGCGGGUUGAGCUUGCGAAGGCUUAUUACAAAGGGCUGACAGAAUCACUUGUGAAGAACUUCAAGGGAACUGGAUUGAUUGCAAGCAUGCAGCAGUGCAAUGACUUUUUCUUCCUUGGAACUCAGCAGAUUUCAUUUGGAAGAGUAGGUGACGAUUUCUGGUUUCAAGACCCGAAUGGAGAUCCAAUGGGGGUGUAUUGGUUACAAGGCGUCCAUAUGAUUCACUGCGCCUUCAACAGCAUGUGGAUGGGUCAGAUCAUACAACCUGAUUGGGACAUGUUUCAAUCCGAUCAUCUGUGUGCGAAAUUCCACGCAGGAUCAAGGGCCAUCUGUGGCGGACCGGUCUAUGUGAGUGACUCUGUAGGUGGACAUGACUUCGAUCUGCUAAAGAAGCUUGUUUUCCCUGAUGGGACAAUUCCAAAGUGCCAGCAUUUUGCUCUACCGACCAGGGACUGCCUCUUCAAGAACCCCCUCUUCGAUGGUGAAUCAAUCCUCAAGAUUUGGAAUGUAAAUAAGUUUGGAGGCGUUUUAGGAGCAUUCAACUGCCAAGGCGCCGGGUGGGACCCAAAAGAACAGAGGAUCAAGGGCUACUCAGAGUGUUACAAGCCAGUGUCAGGGACUGUCCAUGUCACAGACAUUGAAUGGGACCAGAAACAAGAAGCUGCCCAGAUGGGCCACGCCGAAGAGUAUGCUCUCUAUCUCAACCAGGCAGAGGAACUUCUGUUAACGAAUCCCACAUCAGAUCCCAUCCUCGUAACCAUCCGACCGUCCACCUUUGAGAUCUUCACCUUCGUGCCAAUCAAGAAGAUCGGACCCCACGUGAAAUUCGCGCCGAUCGGGCUGACGAACAUGUUCAACGGUGGAGGGACCAUACAGGCGGUGGAUUACAGUAGCGAUGAUGGUGAUGAUGUUAAUGUGAAGAUUAAGGUGAAAGGAGGUGGGAAGUUCUUAUCUUACUCAAAUGGGCCACCCAAGAAGAUCUACUUGAAUGGGGCUGAGGUGGGGUUUGAAUUGUUGGGUGGUGGUAAGCUGAUCUUGGAUGUCCCUUGGAUUGAAGAAUGUGGCCUAUCUGAGGUGGGGUUUGCUUUUUGAUUGGUGGGCCAUUGUACUCGUUCUGUCUGUUUUUUUGUGUUCUUGGAGGUGGUUGGUUUCAGUUAUUUGCAGUUUGUUGUAUGAUUAAUAUAUGUAUGUUAUUAUGGUAA